GCAUCUUGAAACAAUAUGAGUCCUGCUUAUAUUCUUUACUUUAUUGCGAUUAUAGUUGAAGGAUGUAGAGCUCCGUCUUGCUUUAGCAAGAUUAAAUUUGAUCCAUCCAAAUAAAUCUCAUCUCAAUGAGCAACAAAACAAGUAUUUUUAUAUGAUUUGAAUAAUAGUAGCAAAAGUUUUAAAAAUGUAACAUAUCAUUUUAUUUUAAACUAUUUGAUUAUAUUCAAAAUUUUUGAUUCAAAAUUAAAAACAGUCGAAUGCACUAAAUUUAAAGCGUUCGUAUAUAAAGGGUA